AUGAAGAAAAAAGCUUCAUUUUAUGUGAAGAAUAUCAUUUCAGUAUUAAGUUCAAUAGUGAAAGGCAAGAUAACAGGAGUAAAAGAAAAAGCAGUUGCUAUAAGAAUUAGACUUAUGGUUUUUUCCCUUAUGAAGAGCAAGAAAUUUUCACUUUCUACACUUUCUAACAAAAUCCAAGCUUUAUUAGACAAAUCAAACACCCACAAAUUGAAGGAUGAAGAAGAAGAUCAUGAUGAUCAUGAUCAAAACAGGGCAAUUAUUUUGUAUGAUCAUACAAAUAUGAGUACGAAUGAGUGUAAUUAUGUGUCUAAUGAUCAUCAUGAGCUUGUAGAAAAGAGGGAAUUAAUAGAAUAUUAUGGUAAUAAUGGUUAUUAUGAUCAUAAUUAUGAUGAUGAUAAAUAUCCUGAUUUAACUCAUUCAUUGUUUGAUGAAGAUGAUGAAGAUGAUGGAGGAUCAAUCAUUGAUAUGGUGAAGAAUUCUAAAGAGAAUGAAGGGAAAGAUUUUAAGUUAGAGGAUGAUAUUGAUCAUGUUGCUGAUUUGUUUAUUAAGAGGUUUAGAAGACAAAUUUUGUUGCAAAAGUUGGAUUCUUUUAAGAGAAUCCAAGAGUUGCUAGGGAGAAGUGGAUGA